AUGCUCACACCAACGUUCGUUGAGAGUUCGGAGCGUGUAAAAGCCAAAAAGGAAAAGGAGGAAGAAGAAGAGCUCGCUAGAGUUUUGGCUUGGGAACAGAAGCAAAUUAGAGAGCUGCAGGAACGACGUGAGCGAAUGAGACGUGAGAGAAGAGCAGAAAUCGAGAGACGACGGGAGCAGGAAAAAGCCCUAAGGGAAUUAAAAGCCCAGCAAGAAAAGCAACGCAGGCGUCGGGUAGAGGUGGAUGACCUCGGAGGGGGAGCUGCACCAAGGCAAGCUGAGGAACAUCUCGCAACAGAUCAUAUGAGGAUAAAGGAGGGAUUGGAAAGAAAGAGGGUAGAGUCGCAGCCUGGAGACAGUCUGUCUAAGAGGAGACGUCAGGAACUCAUGGCCAGAUUCGGUUCACAAGCCAGACUCGAAGACUCAAAUGAGAGGGAAGAUCGAAAUCUCGAAUACGAGUCUGAUGAAGCAGAAGACCGCCAGGAGAACGAGUUGAAUUCUUCGGGACCAAGUGAGGAACGGGACUCCUGGAAAGCAAACGACAGCCAGAAAUCAGAACCAGAACCUGAGAACGCAGUAGAUGAAGAGAUGAACGACGCCGUGGAACCAAAGAAAACUCUGGUGCGAAAAACAAUCCAAAGGCGGCUUAGUGGGAUCAAGACAUUCAGUGAGUCGAAGUCGGGGGAAACUUUUGUCAAGGAUACCGAAGAUAAGGCGGCAGCAUUGGAGCAAGGUCACGUGAUGAAAAGCACAACGGCAGGAAUAGGCACGAGUUUCGCUCCAACAGUUUACAACUCUCCGUCAGGAACCGACCCCGUUGUAGUUCAACCAGUGCUUACGUGA